GGCGGACGAGAGAAGGCUGCUCUCCUAAGUGCAGUGAGGGCUUCAUGCGCGUGGUCGCCUCCCGGCUACGUUAUUUUCUUGGCGGACACGUGCUGUACGUUGGCCGCUUCCAGCCCCAUCCAGGGCCGGUGACAGGUUAACAACCCCAUUGAAGUCUAUGGGGAAGACCGCUCUACAGAAGGUACAGAACGACACGAACAGUGCGGCAGAUUUACGUAAAAAGUUCCACAGUGCCUUCCGAAAUAUGGAGUCUGUUGAAAUGACAACCAUUUCACUGAAACGCCACCUCACAUCUGAGGACCUCACCACAGAUGAAACCAAGAAGCAAAGACUUUCAGACAUUGAUUUUACUGCUGAAUCUGAUGGCACGCUUCAGGGAACUGUUCUCAAAACCAAAAAAGCCAUAGAAACAGAAAUUAUUGCUGAAGCUGAACUCUCAAAAGCAGAGGAGGAUGAUGGGAGUGAAGGAGAAGAUGAACUCUUGGUGGGGGAGCCUGGUGAUGGGGACCCUGAAAGCUUUGCCGACAUGAUGAAAUAUGGGUUGACUGAACUUGACGUUGGGAUCACCAAAUUUGUCAGUUCUCAUGAAGGCUUCUCUGGAAUCCUGAAGGAAAGAUAUUCCGAUUUUGUUGUACAUGAAAUCGGAAAAGAUGGAAAGAUCACUUACUUGAAUGAUUUAUCUGUUCCAGCAGAUGAUGAGGAUCCACCAGAAGACAUUUAUUCAGUCUUAUCAGAGGAUGAAAAGAAGCGUUUGGAAGACCUUCAGCUCUUUAGAAAUAAAGAAUCCAAUGUAUCUAUAGAGGUUGUUGAUGACAGCAAACAAAAGAGGACAAUUAUUCAUCAGGCUGUAAAAGGCUUAUUCCCUGGACUGGAAACCAAAACGGAGGAUCGAGAUGGAAAGAAAUAUAUUGUAGCCUACCAUGCAGCUGGCAAAAAGGCUUUAUCAAAUCCACGUAAACAUUCCUGGCCAAAAUCCAGGGGGAGCUUUUGCCAUUUUGUGCUGUACAAGGAAAACAAGGACACGAUGGAUGCCAUUAAUGUGCUCUCCAAAUUUUUAAGGGUUAAACCCAACAUAUUUUCUUACAUGGGGACCAAGGACAAAAGAGCUAUCACUGUUCAAGCAAUUGCUGUUCUUAAAAUAACAGCACAGAGACUGGCCCAUUUAAACAAAUGUUUAAUGAACUUCAAAUUGGGAAACUUUACAUACCAGAAGAAUCAACUGAAAUUGGGUGAACUUCAAGGCAAUCAUUUCACAGUUGUUUUAAGAAAUAUUACAGGAACACAAGAACAAGUGGAACAAGCCAUGUCCUCUCUCGGUGAUAUUGGAUUCAUAAAUUAUUAUGGUAUGCAAAGGUUUGGAACUACUGCUGUUCCUACUUACCAGGUGGGAAGGGCAAUUCUUCAGAGUAACUGGAAUGAAAUGAUAGAUCUGAUCCUGAAACCAAGGCCUGGAGCUGAAAAGGGAUAUCUGGUUGAGUGUAGAGAAGUGUGGGCAAAGACAAAGGACCCAGAUGCUGCACUGCGAAAACUGCCUGUGAAGCGGUGUGUAGAGGGUCAGCUGCUUCGUGGACUUUCAAAGUAUGGCCUGAAAAACAUUGUAACAGCAUUUGGCAUAAUUCCUAGGAACAACCGGCUAAUGUAUAUACACAGUUAUCAGAGUUAUGUUUGGAAUAAUAUGGUAAGCAAGAGAAUCGAGGAAUAUGGACUUAACGUUGUUCCUGGGGAUCUUGUGCUCAAAGGAGCAACGGCAAUUGUGCUUGAUGAAAGCAAUACCCACAGUUACACCAUCCAUGACGUAGUGAUGCCACUUCCAGGCUUUGAUGUCAUAUAUCCUAAGCACAAACUUGCUGCAGCUUAUGAAGAAAUGCUGGCUACUGACCAACUGGAUAUAAAUAACAUGAGACACCGCGUAAAGGAUUACUCCUUAGCUGGAGCUUACAGGAAAAUAUUAAUACGACCCCAAGACGUUAGCUGGGAAGUAGUUGCGUAUGACGAUCCUAAGGUUCCUCUAGUUCGGAGUGAUAUAGAGAAGCUGGAAGGAAAACCAUUGCCGGUCUUUAACACAGAAGGAAAAUAUAGAGCAUUGAAGAUGGAAUUCUCCCUGCCGCCAUCUACAUAUGCGACAAUGGCGAUCAGAGAAGUGCUAAAAGUGGACACCAGUAUCAAAAAGCAGACACAGCUGAAUACUGUGUGGCUGCGCUGAGCCGCUUCUGCAACCUCGCAAGCCCUUCGCCGUGACUGAAAGAGAUAUUGUUUAGGGUGAUUUCACACUGCGCUUUUUUUUUUUUUUUUACAUUUUUGGGAAGCAAAAAAAACAAAAACACAGUGGCCAGAUGUUUUGGACAAUAGAAAAUCAUACAAUGUCCUAUGAAAACUGUUUUUUUUUGUGGCAUUUUUAAACUGUUUGCUCCCUUGGAAUUGCAGAAUGACGUGGGUAAGGAGUUUUUCCCCCCUAGACUCCGGUAGGGAGAAAAAAAAAAGUCGGAAAAAUGUGCUACAAAAAAAAGCUUAUUAAAAAAACAUAAAUUUCAUGUCAUUUUUUUUUUAACAGCCUAAAAUGUCAGGGGAAAACAUGUAGUGUGUCAUAACCUUUAAACCAUUGUUUUGUGUGCCAAAGCAGACUUUUUUUUUUCCAAUGAAAUGAUAAAAUGAGACAUCACUAAAUUUGACAUGUCCACUAAGUGGAUAAAGAUUGUAGCGGGUAUGGUUCUGCCAUCACAGUAUUCUCCUUGCUAUUUCAGUGAAGUGAUAAAAUACCAUUGCAAAUGCUGUAUACAAGUUGGUAAAGUGUCUUCCGCAGAGAUUUCCUGCCUGAUAUUUUAUGUUUUCUCAGUCGCACUAAAAUAACAGUUUCUAAUCGGUUUCUGUAGACAACCUGGGAAAAUGUGAAAUGUCAUCCCACAAUGUCUAUAAAAGUUUAUUUUAAGAGUAUGAAUAAUUGGAACACAGUAAGAUGCUUAACAAUGUACAGUACAAGGCUAUUCCUGUAGGCCUCCUUAAUAUCAUUCUCGUAAGAUUUUUCUAUCCUGAUUUUCCCAUCCACGGUUUUAGGCUUUCUUAAGAAACUUUUUUUUAGAAUUCCUUGUUCUUCUAAAAGGCAGGUCACCUCUACUUAAGGCCCUUUUCACGUCAUGUUCAGAAGGUCAUUUUACCUGUAUCGUUUUUUGUUGGUGGACAAAAAGGUUCACAUCUGAACACUAGUGUGAGGGCGAGUAUUCAGGAUAGCAGCUCUCUAGAAUGAGACAUGAAAGGGCCUGUGGAUGUAACUUUUAGAUGUUGCUAGAUUAAGAAAGCAAAAUUGCUGUGAGACUUAAAGGGGUCGUCCUGCUAUAUAUAUAGAAUAUGGCACCCCCGCUGAUCAGAUAUUGAUGACCUAUCCUGAUGAUAGGUCAAUAUAUAUGGCAGGAUACCCCUUUAAAGAGCUUCAGUCCCUUUUGAAACAAUUUUUUUUUUUUUACUGUAGAAAAUGUGCUUUAUUUUUAUUAUGUUGAAAUGUUGGACUUUUAUGUUUUAUAAUGUUGUAAGGUUAAUCUAUUUUUCCCAAGUGAAAUAAGGGCACAUACUAUUACCAGUCUAUAUAAAACUGUAAAGCCAUUGGAAACAGAUUUAACUUCUGUAUAGUGCUUCUAUGUUUCUAUAUAUCCUCUAAAGUCAUUUUAUUAAUAAAUUGAGUGAAUAUAAACUUG